UUUGACUGCGUACCCGUUGGACCUCAAAGAUUAGACCCUAUUACAAAUGUUACCCGUUCGACCUAAUUUUUAGGUCCCUUUGGACCCUCUUCAAAAUAAAAUAAUCAAUGUGCCUAUUGGACCUCAUUUGUAGUACCCGUUGGACCUUCAAAAUUAAAACAAGUAAAAAAGUAAACGUUGGACCUCUUUUUUAGUACCCUUUGGACCUUCAAAAAAUAUGUGUUCAUUUGUUGUUCGUUCAAUGUUAUUUAGUUGGGAAAGGGGUACAGUUAUGUUGAAAAUUGUUAAAUGGAAAUCAAAAAAAUUGACGAAACAAGUACCUAAGCAAAUACACGGUAUUACUAUUAUUAUUAUGUUGGUAACCUUCAUGUAGAAACACCAAUGAAACUUAUGUAUAUAAAGUGUAAUAUGUUUUAUAAGUAAAAUAGACAAUCGAACAUUAUCAUUUUUUGGACAUACGCAAGGCAAACUCGCGUCUAAGCUAGACCUUUCCUCGCUCUCUUCGGCGCACGGGCGCAGGGAGUAUGGUGCGGGGUGAGUAUUAGAGGGAUCGCAGGCCAGCAAAAACAAAACAGUGACAUUUUGCAUUACAUUACAAUUAGUUGGAGCUUUAAGUUGUUGACGUGUGUGCAUUUGCGCAAUAAAGUUCCGUGUGGUAAAAGGUGAUAAUCACAAGUAAUAAGAAAACAAGGAAACGUUUAAUUAAGUACCUGAUUAAAGAAGAAUCAUUGUUAAUGAAUAAUGUCUCAAAUAGAAGUAGUCCCUUCAACAAGUCGACAUAAUAAUAUAGAUAAAACACAAGAACUUUGUUUCGUGACAUCUAAAAGAGGUGGUGAGAUUCUGCUAAAUGAUGGUUACCAGUACUAUAAAAAAAAAGAUAAUAAAAAUGGGUCCUCACGGUGGAAUUGCAAAUAUAAAUCGAAGUGUCGCGGCACUAUAACAAUUAAAGGAAAUACGAUUAUGAACAAAGUCAGUCACAGUAAAAAUUGUGUACGUGAUCACGCUGGCAAUGAAAUAAAGAAAGAAAUAAGUACAUGGAAAGUUGAAUCUGGACAAGGAGUUCUUCCUCUGCAAACAAUAUAUAAUGAAGGCGUUAACCGGUUGAAGGAUAGAGGUCUUAACCUAUUGACUCGGAUACCUAAUUUUAAUAAUGUGAAGCAUGGACUCUAUAACAGUCGCAGAAAAGAAUUUGGCAUCGAUAAUAUUAAGCCAAAAACAGUUACAGAUGUCAAAGUUCCUGUAAAAUACAACGACUUUUUAAUGGCUGACUAUCAAGAAGGUGCUCGAAGAAUUUUAAUAUUUUCAUCAAAAGAAGCAAGAGAAAAAUUGAAAACGGUGAAACAUUUUUUUGCAGAUGGGACGUUUAAAUGCGUAGUACCGCCGUUUGUACAAAUGUACAGUAUUCACGGAGAUCUCGGUAGCACCGAAAAAAGCACAAAUAUUAAACCAUUGAUAUAUGCUUUGGUUACUGAUAAAAAAGAAGAAACUUAUCAAAUUAUUUUUCAAUUAUUACUAUCGCAAAAUCCAUCUUGGAAGCCAGAAAAAUUUACUACAGAUUUUGAAACUGCGCAAAUGAAUGCUAUUCAGUCAGUUUUUCCUGAAGUGGACAUUAAGGGAUGUUUUUUUCAUUUUACUCAGGCUUUAAGUAAAAAAGCAAAGAGUCUGCACAUCUUAAAAAAUCGCGCGUGUAAGCGACAUGUUGCUUUAUGUGCCGCUUUAGCAUUAUUACCAGAACAAGCCACAGAUGAAGGUUGGUUUUAUAUUAUGGAGGACUGGUCCGAAGAAAAUGAAAAUUUAGUUAAAUUUAAUGACUAUUUUACAAAACAAUGGCUGCAAAAAGAAGACAUGCGAAGAAUCUGGUGUUUCAACUCUGAAAGACAUCGUACAACUAAUAGUGUGGAAGCAUGGCACUCGAGUAUUAAUAAAAAGUUGUGUGGUAAUACAAAGCCAAAUAUUUUACAAUUUUUGAGCAUAAUUAAAACAGACGCAUCAAUGACAAGUUUAACUAUAGCAAAACUAGAAAAUGGACACCAAAUACUAAAUAAGCGCAAAGAGUACAUAGAAAAAGAUGAAAAAAUCGCUUAUAUUCUAGAGCAAUUAGAUAACAAUUAUAUUAAUGUAGGUCAUUGCUUAGAGAAGCUGCUUACAUAUUAUGUAUUUUAAGUUUGUCAUUUGACAAUACUUAAUGUCAUUCCAAAAAAUUAUUUGAAAAUUCUGUUACUUGAGCUUGACUUGAGAUUGAUGAUGUUAUUUUUUAUGUGUAAAACCUAAGUAUGGAGGCUAACUAAGCUUCCAUACUUAGGUUAAUUUAGGUCCAAAUUUAGUCUAAGUAAAUUCUAAAGACAUACUGUGAUUAUAAAUUGAUCUGUGAUUUAAUGUUUUUUUUUUUUAAACAUUUAUUUAAUGUUAUUUUUGUAAACUCACCUUAUGGCAAUAUUGUUAUUUAAUUGUAAUUAGAAUUUGUGAUCUUAAACCAUUUAUAAUAUAAUAAUUAUUAUUUUUAUAUCUUCAGUCUGUUAACUUUAGGAUAAAACUGAUUUUAAUAUUUGAUCUGUGAUUUAUAUUUUACUUAUAAUACACAUUAUUUUAUAUUAACAAUUAUCCACACCCUUCUGGUACAACCUGUAGGAAUAUACCAACUUAAAGAUUUAUAAUCGGGUAAAUACGUGAUCUAAUUGGAAUAGGUGAUUUUAUCUAUACAUAUAAAAAUCAAAGUCCUGACUCAUUCACUAAGUCACCAACGCAGGGCCCAAACCCCUGAACCUAUAAAGCUGACGUUGUUGCUUUUAUAUCUUUGAAUAAACAUAUUGAUUUAUUUA